GUGAGCUGACGUUCCUUUGGCUUGCAUAUGAUGAGCGCAAAUACGGGUCGCCAUUGGGGCCUGAAGCAAGUCUCUGUCCUUUGUGCAGCCGCGUGUGCUCCCUUUCGACACCUGCAUCGCUGGUUGUUGUGUUCGUAGCCUCAUGUUAGGGAGGCCUCCAUUGUUCACUUGCUGCGACUUGAUGCGACAGCACGCCGCGCGGCUACUCCACUAAAGGAAUCGCGGUGGUUCUCUACUUUGUGAGGGCUGCCAUUCGCUCCUUCGCUGCGCAUACCCCACGCUUUCCUCCCUUGGACGCAAUACAAUGACGAAGAAGAAAGUCGUUCCAUUCCUCGCCUUCGCCGCGACUGUGUCCAUCCUCCUCUUUUUCUUCUCCGGUGAAGCAGUGCAGAGGACAUGGGAGGGGCUACCUCAGCACAUUGGGCUUGGAGAGCACAUAGGUGACAGCCAUGCGCACGAUGCACCCAGCGCAGGCCAAAAGGAACCAGACUAUGCGAACUGGAAUCCCAGGCCAGACUUCAAGGCCGGCUCUGCGCUCCCGGCGGGCCAUAACUACACGUCUACUCUCGUGAUUGCGAGGACCAAAGAAGAGGAUAUGGAGUGGUUACAGCGCGAGCUUCCGGACCAGCAGACCGCGAUCUAUGUUGCUGACGAUCCGUCCGCGCCUCUCCACCCACCCAAGAAUAAAGGGCAUGAGGUCAUGGUGUACCUCACCUAUAUCAUCGACCACUACAACGAGCUUGCCGACGUAACGAUGUUCAUGCAUGCGCAUCAACUUGCCUGGCACAACGACGAAAUUCUUGGCAACGACGCCGCGAAAAUGAUUUCCCGUCUCUCGCGCCCACAUGUCUGGCGAGAAGGCUUCGUCAACAUGCGGUGCAGUUGGUACCCAGGCUGUCCGGAUUGGAUGCAUCCGGGCGAAACGGAACAAAACGAUUUCAAGCAAGAAGAGGUUCUACUUGCGAAAUCUUGGUCGGAACUAUUCCCACUAGACGCAAUCCCAAGCAUGCUAGCCCAGCCCUGCUGCGCGCAGUUUGCGCUGAGCAGGGAGCGUAUACAAGCUAAAAGCCACGCGCAGUAUGUGUGGUAUCGCGAGUGGUUGUUCCAGACAAAAAUCCCAGAUCACCUGUCCGGUCGGAUCUGGGAAUAUGUGUGGCAGUUUGUGUUUACAGGCGAGGCUGUCUUUUGCCCGAAAGAACAUGUUUGUUUCUGCGAUCAGUAUGGGUCAUGUUUUGGUGGAGAUGAGGAGUUCAAGGGCUUCAUGAGCUUGAAGAAUGAGCUGUCGGAUCGCGAGAGGGACAUGAGGGAUUGGGAAGACAAGGGGAAAAAGAUCAAGGAAGCAAAAGAGGAGGGUGAUGAGGCAAAGCUGAAGGAACUGGAGGAACCAGAACCUGGAAAAGACCGCGAGUUGCAGAGGGAGAUUGAUCGCUUGAGACCGAUAGUGGAUCGGUUGAGGCAUGAGGCAGAGGCGAGGGGAAAUGACCCCAAAAACAGAGCAAAAGAGUCCGGGAGAGAGUGGCAAGAAGGAGACGGCUUUUAGAUGAAAUGUUCUAUGGUUCGGCGUUCUGGUAUAGGAGGACUCUACUUUUGGCGUCAUAUGGAGGAUACCCUUUCACGGUCACAAGAUCUCUAUCAAUUUGAGAGAUCUUGCACGACCAGAUUCACGGAGAUGAUCUAUCCGAUUGCAUCAAUGAACAUAGUGUGUCUAUUUCCUGUGCAACGUAAUGCUCCACCGUGAUCUGUUCUCUGAAG